UUGCCCCGCGUUUCUUCUUAUCACCUCGAGUCGCUCGCCUCUUGACUUCUCCUCUUCUCUUCAUUCCAUCUCAUACCCUCAAACGCGGCAAUGUCCGCAUCUUCUUCCUCCGGCGAGGCUACGGCUGCGGCCGGCCCGGCCCCCGCAGGCUCCGUACCAGCUACAACAGCAGCUCCAUCGACCUCGACGACGGCGGCCAAGCCAGAUGUGGCCGUUGAGGACCUGGGAACGGUGGAUGGCCCCCACAUCCACCAGUCACGCUUCUCAUUUAUCGCCAUUGUGGGGUUGGCAUUCGCCAUCCUCAACUCCUGGGUAGCAAUGUCCGCCAGUCUGAACCUGGCUCUCCCUUCCGGAGGACCGGUCGCCGUGCUCUGGGGUUUGAUCAUCUCCGCACUGGGAGUCAUGGCCAUUGCCGCCUCGUUGGCCGAGAUCUGCGCCGUCCUCCCCUCUACGGGGGGUCCUUACCACUGGGCCUUUGCCCUCGCCCCUAAGAAGCAUCAGGUCGGGCUCGCCUACUUUGCGGGCUGGAUCACAGCGGGAGGCUGGGUUGCCCUCACCGCGACCGCUAGCUCGCUGGGAGCCAGCUUCAUCACGGGCAUCAUCUCCUUGAUGCAUCCCACUUUCGAAGUUCAGCCGUACCAGACUUUCCUCCUCUACGUUGCCUUCGCUUUGGGCGGCUGGGCAGUCAACGUGUUUGGCGCCAAGAUCCUCGACGUGUGCAAUCGCGCUGCCCUCUUUUGGUCUCUCACCGGCGCCCUCUGUACAAUCAUCGUCUGCCUUGCCACGGCAUCCCCAACAUUCCGCACUGGCAAGGACGUCUUCGGCACCUACGUCAACACGACUGGCUGGGGAAACUUUGUCGCCUUCAUGCUCGGCCUGCUUCAGUCCACCUUCGGCCUCGUGGGUGUCGAUGGUGCCACGCACAUGGUGGCUGAGAUGCCUCGCGCGCAUGUCAACGCUCCCCGGGCUAUGCUCCUCGCCCCUGCGAUUGGAGCCCUCACAUCCUGGAUUGUACUCAUGUCCCUCCUCUUCUCACUCCGUGACUACGAUGCGGUUACCGAGUCCUCCGCGGGCGCCUUGCUCGCCAUUAUAUACCAAGCCACGGCAAACAUGGGCGGCUCCGUCGCUUUGAUCAUGUUCCCCGUCAUCUCCAUGUGCUUCACGGCCGUCGGUCUCCUCACUGCAUCAAGCCGCACCUCACAAGCCUUGGCAGCGGACAACGGCUUGCCAUUCCCGCGCUUCUUUGCUUCGGAGACUCCAUGGGUCAAGGUACCUGUGCCCGCCAUUACGAUGAACACAGUCUGGGUCAUCAUCUUUGGCUGUGUCUACCUAGGAUCUUCGAGCGCUUUGAACGCCAUCCUGUCAGCCUCAGUCGUCCUGCUCCAAUUCGCCUAUGCGAUCCCCAUUCUCCUGCUCCUGGUGCGCGGCAGGCAUCUCCUGGACGAGGUCGCCUUCCACGAGGGGCCCCGCCACUUCAAUCUGGGCAAGUUCGGCUACCCAAUCGGAGCAUGGGCCGUCUUCUUUGCCCUGUUCACCGACGUAUUCUUCCUCUUCCCGCCCGAGAGACCAGUAACGGGCACGAACAUGAACUACACCGUCGUUGCUGUAGCUGUUGUGCUCAUCUUGGCGGCUCUGAGCUGGAUCUUCCACGGCAGGAAGCACUACCGCGGGCCGGUCAACUUGGACUUGGCUCUCGAGGUCGCGAGGAGGGGAUUGACCAGGAGAAGAUAGUUUGAGGGCUUGAGAAGCGAUAUCAGGCCUGCUCCAGGUCCCACUUGCUUCGGAUUCGUUUGUGUACGCUCGUAUCGGAUAAUGCAUCUAGCAAGAUUGUUUCAUCAUCUACAAUAAUCUAUCGGCUUGUCCGUCGUGAGCUCAACCAUGCUUACUCCCUCCUCUCC